CGCAGAGAGUGGGAGAGGGGGGAAGGAGGGAAGGAGGGAGGAGGAGGAGAACAGGUUGAAGACACAUUAGAUAUCAGCCAAGCAGUGACAGGUGAGCUCCUCCUUUGGACUGGGACACUGAGCAGAGACGAGCUGGACAUGGCCGGGUUCAAGCCAAGGGUGAUCUCUCUAACCAAGAGGCAGGGUCAUUCAUUUGGCUUCUACUUGAGGUUGGAGCAUAAUGAGGAGGGUCACCUGAUCCGCUGCCUGGAAAUGGGAGGUCCAGCUGAACUGGCUGGCAUGAAGGAUGGAGACCGCAUCCUGAGGGUCAAUGGAACAUUUGUUGAUGAAAUGUCACAUUCAGAAGUGGUGGACAUGGUGAGAAACAGUGGCGCAUCAGUCACGUUCCACAUCCUGGAUGAAGCUUCCUAUGUGCAGGCCAAAGCACGGGGAGUGAACCUGUCCAACCCUCAGAGCGCACCAGUUGUCAGUGGUGGGACCAGCCAGGUUCUAAAACCCAAACUCUGCUACCUGGUUAAAUCCAGGUCAUCCUAUGGGUUUUCUCUUCGCAGUGUCAAAGGUGAGCUGUGGAGCAUGGACCUUCAGCAUCUUAAGUUUCAUCCACUGUUUUUUCCCCUGAUCCGAGUGUUCCUGCGUUAUAACUAUAAAGCGACUGGCCCUGCAGGGUGGUCUGGCAGCAGCAUCAUGUUCCUGCUGGUCGAUCAGAAAACAGACAGGCACUACCAGAGCAAGCAUAUGAAGAUGGGAGCAUGGUUAGCCACGACCAAGUAUCUCCCACACAAGCCACGUGUAGUCAACUUAACCAAAGGACCUGAUGGCUAUGGCUUCCUUCUCAGGGAGGAGAAGAACCUAUCAGGCCACUUCAUUAAGGACAUAGACAAAGGCAGCCCCGCAGAUAGAUCUGCUCUGAAGGAAAUGGACAGACUAAUAGCUGUUGACGGCAAAUCGGUGGACGGCUUUAGCCAUGAGCAGGUGGUGAACAAGAUCAGGCAGAGUGGCAAUACAUGCAGCUUCCUAGUGGUAGACAAAGACACGGACCAAAUGUAUGAGCAGGGGAAAGUAACUCCUAUGCUCCGCUUGGAGGAUGUGGAGGAUUCCAACUCACCGCCAAGCUACACAGAGGCCAUCAAUUUACCAGUUCCUGUCAAACCGUCCAUACUUCUUCAGCCAAGGAGGGCGGAGCUCAAGCCUAAACUGUGUAGAAUGGAGAGGACUUCAACUACCUAUGGCUUUCACCUGAACGGCAUCCAGGGGCUCACGAGACAGUACAUCAAGGAGGUGGUGAAGGGUGGAGUGGCCGACAGAGCAGGUCUGGAGGAUGACGACAUCGUGGUGGAGGUAAACGGGGUAAACGUGGAGGAGAGCACCCACAACGAGGUGGUGGAAAUGAUCCGCCGCAGUGGCAACUCACUGGAGAUGCUGGUGGCUAAAAGGAGCGUCUAUGACCAACUCAAAGCUCAGGGAGUGACCAUCACACGCCUGCUCCUCGGGGAAACGUCUUAUGCUCAGGUCCACACUGUAGAUACUCUAGAAGAAGUUACGAGAUACGAGCAGAAAGCCAGACCUGAAACCCCAACUGAACCAGCAAGAGGGAGGGCCAUAUCAGCUUUAUCUCAAGAGAGCAUGGAUGAAAGAUUAUGAGAAGCCGCUGAACGGACAGUCUCCCUGAUUUGGCUUUUGUCAAUCUAAUGUUGAUCAAUUGUUGUUUUUUAACAAUCACCUCUAAGGGCACAAACAAUAAAAAGCGAGACAGUAAAGACUUUUGAAAUUCACUGUCAAUAUGUCAUGUAUUAAAGGGCUGAGAACAAAAUAUGAUCCUGAAUAUUGUUGACAGUAGAUGAGCCUGUGCAAUGAUCUGAUGAAUGUAUAAUGUCUCCUUAACCUAAGAACACCAAUGCUACCAAGCUACCUACAGCCCACAGAGCUGAAGCUUACACUGUUGUUUCCAGUAAAUACUAUGGCCUUUCAUGUAUUCUCCAUGGAAAAAGCUGCUGUCAUUAUUUAAUGCUCUAAAAAUUAAACUUUGCUGUUCCCAGUUCAAUGAACACAAAUAAAUGAACACACGUCUGAACUAA